GGUACCAGAAGCAGUUAUUUUUAUAUACAAGGUCUAUUUUGGACAGGCCUCAGGUGAGUACCUGUCCAAUUGACUCACUUUUGGUUGGAGGUACUUCCUGGUUCCGUUUGGUUAUUUAUUUCUCGGUGUUUCGGAUUUUUUGAGAGCUAAGCUAGCACAGCAAGCGUGGAAUUUUUGGAUAAGACAAGGAGCUGCUUUAUUAUUAAAUACAAGGUCUAACUUGGACAGGCCUCAGGUGAGUGGCUGUCCAAAUCAUCCCACUUUGGUUAGCGGUACUUCCUGGAUCCUUGUGGUUUUUCUCUUUCUUGGUGUUUCGGAGAUCCGGGUUCCUGAGCUGGUUAUCAACAUGACUGAACGUUUGAUGAAGGAGAAAAUUAAGAAACGGGAGCGCAUGUUUGUAUCACUCAAAAGGCAUGAACAAUUUCUUGAAAAGUAUAAUCAUGAAAAUCAGAGUGGGCAGGUUCAGAGUCGGCUGGACAAAUUGGACGAGAAAAUGGCUGCGUUUGAACAACUUCAGGAAGAAAUUGCUGACAUGGACGAAGAUGAGCAGAACGAGGAGGAGAUCAACAAAGCUUCAACAAAGUUUGAGAAUCAGUACUACGAGCUACGAGCAGCGCUAUUGAUGAAAAUCACUCCGCCUGUAGCAACUCCACCUCCGCUGGAUACGACGCGGAACAUCGCAGGUGGUUUUCAUUCAGGAGUUCGAUUACCUCAAAUCUCAUUGCCAGAUUUUGACGGUGAUUAUCGAGGUUGGCUGACCUUCAAAUCGACUUACGAAUCUCUAAUUCACGAGUCUGCGGAGCUUAGCGACGUUCAAAAAUUUCAUUAUUUGAAGUCGGCGCUCAAAGGUGAAGCGGCGAAAUUGAUCGAAUCGUUGACGAUCACCAGCGGAAACUAUGUGAUAGCGUGGGAAACAAUCACAAAACGUUACUCCAACGAAUAUCUCCUGAAGAAACGACAUUUGCAAGCCCUAAUGGAGUACCCAAAAAUUGAAAAGGAAUCAUCGACUGCAAUUCACGGUUUGGUGGACGAGUUUGAGCAACGCUUGAAAAUUCUCAAACAGCUAGGAGAGAAGACGGACACCUGGGGAGCGAUGAUCGUGCACUGGAUGUGUUCGAAGCUGAAUGGCCAAUCGCUGCAACUGUGGGAGGAUCAUGCUGCGUCGCUGGAAGAACCAAGUUUUACGGAUUUGGUGAAAUUUCUGGAGAAAAGAACGCGUGUAUUGGAAGCUGUAUCGUCGAAUGCAUUAGAGCCAAACAGAUCAACUCAAAAAUCGACAGGAAAGGUCUUCAAACAGAUGGUUCAUGCUGCUACAGGAAAUGAACGAGAACGGAUGUCUUCAUCGGUGGCUUGCCCAUGCUGCGGGGAAAAUCACUACAUGGCUCGUUGUGCGAAGUUCAUUAAGCUGGGUCUUAAAGAGAAAUUGGAGUUGGUGAAUAACAAACGUUUAUGUAGCAAUUGUUUUCGGACUGGACAUUGGGUGCGGGAAUGCAAGUCUACUUUCAACUGUCGCACAUGUGGAAGGAAACAUCAUUCGCUGAUUCACCCUGGAUUUCCUCCAGGUAACAGUAAUGCUGGGAUCAUUGGGAUGGCUGGGACAUCUACUAGGACAACCGAGCAUCAAGGAACAACAACAAACGUCGUAAUUAACGAACAACCAUCGGAGAAUUGCGAGGUGGCGCAAGAUGAGCCAGUUGGGACGUAUAAUGUAGGAAGAUCAGGAGCAACUUCUACUGUCUUCUUGUCAACUGUAGUACUGGUGAUUCGGGAUCAAAGCGGAAACAAGCAAUUAGCUAGGGCCUUACUCGACAAUGGGUCACAAGCGAAUUUAAUGAGCGAGCGAAUGUGUCAAAUUUUGAAGCUGAAGCGACGUUCAGUGAAUGUUCCAGUUUGCGGAAUUGGUGAGUCUGAAACAAGGGCGAAACAUGCAGUUAGCACCAUCAUCAGUUCUAGAGUGGCAGAAUUUUCGGUGGGUGUGGAUUUCUUAAUACUACAACGGGUCACUUCUAAUCUGCCUGCUGCAACUGUAUCAACAUCACAAUGGAAGAUUCCAGAGCAUUUACCCUUGGCUGAUCCAAAUUUCAACGAUGCAAGUCGGAUCGAUCUUUUGAUCGGAGCGGAACAUUUUAUCAAUUUUUCUAUGAACGUGAAAUGA